AUCGAAUCACCAUUACCCAUUGGCUUCCUAAUCUGAGGUAAGAACGGAGGAGAAAUCUUAGCGGCGGCGGCGCGGCCUCGAAGAGAGAGUGACCAGACGGGAAGGAGAUCCGAGCAAAGCCGAAGAUGAGCGGGACGGUGAAGAAGGUGGCGGACGCCGCGUCCAAGGCCGGGAAGGCGAUCGACUGGGACGGCAUGGCGAAGAUGCUCGUCUCCGAGGAGGCCCGCAAGGAGUUCGCCAACCUCCGCCGCACCUUCGAGGACGUCAACAACCAGCUCCAGACCAAGUUCUCCCAGGAGCCAAAGCCAAUUGACUGGGACAUGUACAGAAAAGGAAUCGGAUCGAAAGUUGUGGAUAUGUACAAGGAGGCUUAUGAUAGUAUCGAGAUCCCCAAGUAUGUUGACACUGUCACUCCUGAGUACAAGCCUAAGUUCGAUGCUCUGUUAGUCGAAUUGAAGGAAGCAGAACAGACAUCUCUGAAGGAAUCAGAGAGGAUAGAGAAGGAGAUUGCUGAAAUGAAGGAGAUGAAGAAAAAGAUCAGCACAAUGACAGCAGACGAGUACUUUGAGAAGCACCCUGAACUCAGGAAGAAGUUCGAUGAUGAGAUCCGUAACGAUAACUGGGGAUACUAGAUAAUGGCGAAACUCCCAGCUCCUUUACUGGAAUAUUUAAUAAUACUUCUUUGUCCUGAUACACAUCGAAGGUUCACCAUCAAACUUCGGUGAAUUCCAUAACAUGCGGACAGGGCUUGUUGAAAUUCCAACAUUACUCUGCUUUUUGUACCUUCCAUUACUCGUUUUGAGGCUCAUCAGCUCAUUCUUAUGAAUUUUUGUCUCGCUGUUGGUUCUGCCAUGGCUUGAUUCCUCCA